AUGCCGCCCCGGUUACAGCUCCUGCGGCUCGCCCGCCCGGUCCUCUCGACAUCACGGCCAACGGUCCAAUUUGCACUCCCCCUCCAACAACGCUGCGCCUCUAUCCUCUCCGCGCUCUCCGACACCAAUGGCGCCUACAGCAAGCGCAUCAAGCGCGGUCGCGGACCCGCCUCGGGCAAGGGAAAGACAGCCGGACGCGGUCAGAAGGGUCAGCAUGCGCACGGCAAAGUGCCCGCGGGCUUCGAGGGUGGCCAGACGCCGCAAUGGAUCACCAACCCGGAGCGCGGCCGCGGCAAGUACAACCCGUUCAAGGUCGAAAUGAGCCCCGUCAACCUCGACCGCAUCCAGAGCUGGAUCGACCAGGGCCGCCUCGACGCCUCCAAACCCAUCACCAUGAAGGAGCUCGCCAAGAGCCGCUGCCUGCACGGCGUCAAGCGCCACGGCGUCAAGCUGCUCGCGCGGAACCCCGAGCUCCUCACAACCCCCAUCCACAUCGUCGUCUCCCGCGCCUCCGCCGAAGCAAUCUCCCGCAUCGAAGCCCUCGGCGGCAGCGUAACCACGCGCUUCUACUCACCAACCUCGAUCAAGCGCGUGCUACGCUCGGACUCGCACCCCACCAUCUCGCUCGACGCCUCGCCCGCCUUAAUCGCGCAAUCCGCCUCCUCCACGCCCUCGCUAAUCCCCAGCCCCGUGCUCGACGCGCUCGCAUCCACGGGCGCGGCCCGCAAAGAAGCGCUCGCCGCUGUCAUGCGCCGCGUGGGUGCGCAGUACAAGUACCGCCUGCCCGACGCCACGGGCCGUAAGGAUAUCGAGUACUACAGGGACCCCGCGCAUAGGGGCUAUCUGGCGUGGACGCUCAAGGAGAAUGAGUCGCCGAGUUUGUUCUUUAAGACGCCGGGGGGCGCGGCAAGGAAGGAGGGCGGGAAUGCGAAGAGGGUUGCGGCUAAGGCUUCGGCGGAGAACAGGCUGUUUUAA